AGGCUCCUCGGGGAGGGCUCCCCAGCUCCAAGCUCACCGCCUGCCUGCCCCUGGACACCUCUGUCAUCAUGUGCUUCCCGGUUCUGUGCCUUGCCCUGUCCCUGGCAGGGACUGGUGCUGUGCCCCUUAUCCAGUCCCGGAUCAUAGGAGGCCACGAGUGUAAGAAGCAUUCCCAGCCCUGGCAGGUGGCUCUGUACCGUUUCAGCAGCUUCCAGUGUGGCGGUGUCCUGGUGGACCCCCAGUGGGUGCUCACAGCUGCUCACUGCAGGAGUGACAAUUACCAGCUCUGGCUGGGUCGCCACAACCUGUUUGAGGACGAAGACACAGCCCAGUUUGCCCAUGUCAGUAAGGACUUUCCACACCCCGAUUUCGACCUGAGCCUCCUGAAGAACGACACCCUCCCCCCAGGGGAGGACUACAGCCAUGACCUCAUGCUGCUCCGCCUGGAGGGGCCCGUCCAGAUCACAGAGGACGUGCAGGUCCUGGAGCUGCCCACCGAGGAACCCCAGCUGGAGAGCACCUGCUAUGCCUCUGGCUGGGGCAGCAUCGAACCAGAUAAGUUCACUUACCCAGAUGACCUCCAGUGUGUGGACCUUACUGUCCUGCCCAAUGAGAUGUGUGCCAGUGCCCACCUCCAGAAGGUGACAGAGUUCAUGCUGUGUGCUGGACACCUGGAGGGCGGCAAGGACACCUGCGUGGGUGACUCAGGCGGCCCGCUGAUCUGCGAGGGUAUGUUUCAGGGAAUCACGUCAUGGGGACACAUCCCGUGUGGUGCCCCCAAUAAGCCCUCCGUCUACACCAAAGUGAUUUUGUAUGUGGAUUGGAUCAAGAAGACCAUGGCUGACAAUCCCUGAAUGCCCCCGCCCUGUCCCUUACCCCCAGUAAAAUCGAAUAUGCAUCAA